GGCUCUGCCCGGGGGAUUCGCUCCCUGCGCCCGUGCCGGCACCGGCACAUGACCGCGGCCACAGCGGCUGCGCCAGCACCGGAGCCGCACGGACGGAGCGAGCGGCAGCCCCGGAGCCGGGGUCUGCGGGCAGCCGGGGGCCGGCGGCGAUGGCGGAGGACAGCUCGAGCGGCAGCAGCGGCUCGCCCGGCGCCGGGGACACGCUGCCCUGGAACCUUGGCAAGCACCAGCGCUCCCAGCGAGCCAAGGCGGCCGCGGGCAACGGGACGGUGCUGGACCCCGCCGAGAGAGCCGUCAUCCGCAUCGCAGAUGAGCGAGAUCGUGUCCAGAAGAAAACCUUCACCAAAUGGGUCAACAAGCACCUUAUCAAGGCGCAGCGCCACGUCAACGACCUGUACGAGGACCUGCGGGACGGGCACAACCUCAUCUCGCUGCUGGAGGUGCUGUCGGGUGACACGCUGCCCCGGGAGAAGGGCCGGAUGCGCUUCCACAAGCUGCAGAAUGUCCAGAUUGCCCUCAACUACCUGAAGCACCGGCAGGUGAAGCUGGUGAACAUCCGCAACGAUGACAUCGCCGACGGCAACCCCAAGCUGACGCUGGGGCUCAUCUGGACCAUCAUCCUCCACUUCCAGAUCUCAGACAUCCAGGUGACGGGGCAGUCGGAGGACAUGACAGCCAAGGAGAAGCUGCUGCUCUGGUCACAGCGGAUGGUGGAGGAUUACCAGGGCCUCCGCUGUGACAACUUCACCACCAGCUGGCGGGACGGGCGCCUCUUCAAUGCCAUCAUUCACCGGCACAGGCCAAUGCUGAUCGACAUGAGCCGGGUGUACCGCCAGAGCAACCUGGAGAACCUGGACCAGGCCUUCACCGUGGCCGAGCGGGACCUGGGGGUGACGCGGCUGCUGGACCCCGAAGACGUGGACGUGGCGCAGCCGGACGAGAAGUCCAUCAUCACCUACGUGUCCUCCCUGUACGACGCCAUGCCGCGCGUGCCCGAGGUGCAGGACGGCGUCAAGGCCAACGAGCUGCAGCUGCGCUGGCAGGAGUACUACGAGGUGGUGACGGGGCUGCUGCAGUGGAGCCGGCAGCACUCGGCGCUCUUCGAGGAGCGGCGCCUCCCUGCCAGCUACGAGGAGAUCGAGAUCCUCUGGCGCCAGUUCCUCAAGUUCAAGGAGACGGAGCUGCCGGCUCGGGAGGCCGACAAGAGCUCCAAAGCCAUCUUCCAGGCGCUGGAGGGCGCGGUGCAGUCGGGGCAGCUGAAGGUGCCCCCCGGGUACCACCCCCUGGACGUGGAGAAGGAGUGGGGGCGGCUGCACGUCGCUGUGCUGGAGCGGGAGAAGCUGCUGCGGGCAGAAUUUGAGAGGCUGGAGCGGCUGCAGCGUGUGGUCACCAAGCUGCAGAUGGAGUCAGGGCUCUGUGAGGAGCAGCUGAACCAGGCGGACGCUCUGCUGCAGGCAGACGUGCGGCUGCUGGCGGCCGGGAAGGCGCCGCAGAAGGCGGCAGAGGUGGAGCGGGACCUGGACAAGGCGGACGCGAUGAUCCGGCUGCUCUUCAACGACGUCCAGAGCCUCAAGGACGGGCGGCACCCGCAGGGCGAGCAGAUGUACCGUCGCGUGUACCACCUGCACGAGCGCCUGGUGUCCAUCCGCACCGAGUACAACCUGCGGCUCAAGUCGGGGGCGCCGGUGCCAGCGGUCACAGCCGUGUCGGUGACAUCGGCGCAGCGGAGGCCGGAGGCGGACGAGGCCCCGCUGCGGUACCUGCAGGAGCUGCUGGCCUGGGUGGAGGAGAACCAGCGGCGUGUGGCCACGGCCGAGUGGGGCGUGGACCUGCCCACCGUGGAGACCCACCUGGGCGCCCACCGCGGGCUGCACCGCGCCAUCGAGGAGUUCCGUGCCAAGGUGGAGCGGGCACGGGCCGAUGAGAGCCAGCUGUCCCCCGGCCCCAGCGGCGCCUACCGGGAGUGCCUGGGCAAGCUGGAGCUGCAGUACGCCAAGCUGCUGAACUCCUCCAAGUCGCGGCUGCGGCACCUGGAGAGCCUCCAUGGCUUCGUCAGCGGCGCCACCAAAGAGCUGCUGUGGCUGAGCGAGCGCGAGGAGGAGGAGGUGGCCUUCGACUGGAGCCACAACAACCCCGCCAUGGCUGCCAAGAAGGAGAGUUACUCGGCGCUGAUGCGGGAGCUGGAGCUGCGGGAGCGGCGGAUCCAGGAGCUGCGGACCUCGGGGGAGCGGCUGCUGCGUGAGGAGCACCCCGGGGCGCAGACGCUGGAGGCGUUCCUGGCAGCGCUGCAGACCCAGUGGAGCUGGAUGCUCCAGCUCUGCUGCUGCAUCGAGACCCACCUGAAGGAGAACACCAACUACUUCCAGUUCUUCGCCGAGGUGCGGGAGGCCGAGGAGCUGCUGCGAAAGACGGAGGAGACGAUGCGGCGCAAGUUCAGCUGCGACCGCGGCACCACGGCCACGCGCCUGGAGGACCUGCUGCAGGACCUCGCGGAGCAGAAGGAGCAGCUGGCCGAGCUGGGGGCGCAGCUGGGGGGUCUCUCCCGCCGUGCCAGGACCAUCGUGCAGCUGAAGCCGCGCAGCCCCGCGACGCCCCUGCCGGGCCGCCCCCCCAUCCAGGCCGUCUGCGACUACAAGCAGAUGGAGGUGACGGUGCACAAGAACGACACCUGUGCCCUGCUGAACCACGCGCAGCCGCAGCAGUGGCGGGUGCUGAGCGCCGGCGGCAGCGAGGCCGUCGUCCCCUCCGUCUGCUUCCUCCUGCCGCCCCCCAACAAGGAGGCUCUGGACGCCGUGCACAGGCUGGAGACCACCCACCAGCAGCUGCUGGGGCUGUGGCAGCAGCUGCACCAGGACCUGCGCAGCCUCCGCGCCUGGCAGUGCCUGACCCGGGACAUCCAGCAGAUCCAGUCCUGGACGCACGUCACGUUCCGCACGCUGCCGGCCGAGGAGGUGCGCCAGGUGCUGUGCAGCCUGGAGAACCACUACCAGGAGUUCCUGCGGGACAGCCAGGACGCCCAGAGCUUCCAGCCCGACGACCGGCUGCAGGUGGAGCGCGACUACAACGCCUGCACUCACAAAUACGAGCUGCUGCUGCGUAGCCAGGAGAAAGGAGAGCAGGACGAGUCUCUGUGCAAGAGCUACAUCUCGCAGCUGAAGGACAUCCGGCUGCAGCUGGAGAGCUGCGAGAGCCGCACCGUGCAUCGCCUGCGCCUGCCCCUGGAGGCCGACGCCCUGCGCGAGUGCGCCCAGCGCCAGGCUGAGCAGCAGCAAACACACCUGGAGCUGGAGGGCAUCCAGAAGAACCUGGCCAAAGUCAGCGAGAAGACGGAGCAGGUGCUGUCGCAGCCGGAGCAGGCGGGCUCAGCCCCAGUGCUGCGCUCGGAGCUGGAGGUCACCCUGCGGAAGAUGGAGCAGGUGUACAGCCUGUCCAGCAUCUACCUGGAGAAGCUGAAGACCAUCGGGCUGGUGAUCCGGAGCACGCAGGGGGCGGAGGAGCUGCUCCGCAAGUACGAGGAGCAGCUGAAGGACGUGCAGGCAGUGCCGGCUGACCUGGCUGAGCUGGAGGCCAGCAAGGCUGAGCUGAAGCGGCUGCGGGCGCAGGCCGAGGGCCACCAGCCCUUCUUCAGCACGCUGGAGACCGACCUCGGCAAGGCCAAGGACGUCAACGAGCGGAUGGUCCGCGGCCACAGCGAGCGGGACGUGGACCUGGAGCGGUACCGGGAGCGCGUGCAGCAGCUGCUGGAGCGCUGGCAGGCCGUGCUGGGCCAGGCUGACCUGCGGCAGCGCGAGCUGGACCAGCUGGGCCGCCAGCUGCGCUACUACCGGCAGAGCUGCGACGCGCUGCGCCAGUGGAUCCGCGACGCCCGGCAGCGCCAGGAGGCCAUCCAGGCCGUGCCCAUCACCGACAGCCAGGCCGUGCGCGAGCAGCUGCUGCAGGAGAAGAAACUGCUGGAGGAGUGCGAGCAGCACAAGGAGAAGGUGGAGGAGUGCCAGCGCUACGCCAAGCAAUACAUCGACGCCAUCAAGGACUAUGAGCUGCAGCUGGUGAGCUUCAAGGCGCAGGUGGAGCCGGUGGCAUCGCCGGCCAAGAAGCCCAAAGUGCAGUCAGCAUCUGACAGCAUCAUCCAGGAGUACGUGGACCUGCGGACGCAGUACAGUGAGCUGACCACGCUCACCACCCAGUACAUCAAGUUCAUCACCGAGACCCUGCGGCGGCUGGAGGACGAGGAGAAAGCCGCCGAGAAGCUGAAAGAGGAGGAGAGGAAGCGGCUGGCGGAGGUGGAGGCACAGCUGGAGAAGCAGCGGCAGCUGGCCGAGGCCCACGCCAAAGCCAAGGCACAGGCGGAGGCGGAGGCGCGGGAGCUGCAGCUCCGCAUGCAGGAGGAGGUCACCCGGCGGGAGGUGGUGGCCGUGGAUGCCGAGCAGCAGAAGCAGAACAUCCAGCAGGAGCUGAUGCAGCUGCGGCAGAACUCGGACCACCAGAUCAAGUCCAAGGUGAAGCUGAUCGAGGAGGCCGAGUACAACCGCAAGAAAGUGGAGGAGGAGAUCCGCCUCAUCCGCCUGCAGCUGGAGAGCACCGAGAAGCAGCGGGAGAGCGCGGAGACAGAGCUGCAGGAGCUGCGGGCACGCGCCGAAGAGGCCGAGCGGCAGAAGCGGCAGGCGCAGGAGGAAGCCGAGCGCCUGCGCCGGCAGGUGAAGGAGGAGAGCCAGAAGAAGCGGGAGGCGGAGGAGGAGCUGAAGCGCAAGGUGCAGGCCGAGCGCGAAGCGGCGCGGGAGAAGCAGAAGGCAGUGGCGGACCUGGAGCAGCUGCGGCUGCAGGCAGAGGAGGCUGAGCGGCGCAUGCGGCAGGCAGAGGCUGAGAAGGACCGGCAGAUCCAGGUGGCCCAGGAGGUGGCCCAGCGCAGCGCUGAGGCCGAGCUGCAGAGCAAGAGGCUCUCUUUCGCCGAGAAGACAGCGCAGCUGGAGCUGUCGCUGCAGCAGGAGCAUGACGUGGUGGCCCAGCUGCAGGAGGAGGCUGAGCGGCUGAAGAGGCAGCAGCUGGAGGCCGAGCACUCACGGGAGGAGGCUGAGAAGGAGCUGGAGCGCUGGCGGCAGAAGGCCAACGAGGCGCUGCGCCUGCGGUUGCAGGCCGAAGAGGUGGCCCACAAGAAGUCGCUGGCGCAGGAGGAGGCCGAGAAGCAGAAGGAGGAUGCAGAGCGCGAGGCCCGCAAGCGCGCCAAGGCAGAGGAGGCCGCCCUGCGGCAGAAGGAGCUCGCGGAGGAAGAGCUGGAAAAGCAGCGGGAGCUGGCAGAGGGCACAGCCCAGCAGAAGCUGGUGGCGGAGCAGGAGCUGAUCCGGCUGAAGGCGGAGAUGGAGAACGGGGAGCAGCAGCGCCUGCUCCUGGAGGAAGAGCUCUCACGGCUGAAGGGGGAGGUAAAUGAGGCCAUCCAGAGGAGGAAAGAGCUGGAGGAGGAACUGGCCAAGCUGCGGGCAGAAAUGGAGGUCCUGCUGGAGAGCAAGGCCAAGACGGAGGAGGAAUCGCGCUCCAGCAGUGAGAAGUCCAAGCAGCGGCUGGAGGCGGAGGCCAACAAGCUGCGGGAGCUGGCCGAGGAGGCCGCCCGCCUGCGCGCCCUCUCCGAGGAGGCCAAGCGGCAGCGGCAGCUGGCAGAGGACGAGGCCAGCCGGCAACGGGCCGAGGCCGAGCGCAUCCUGAAGGAGAAGCUGGCGGCCAUCAACGAGGCCUCACGGCUGAAGGCGGAGGCAGAGAUCGCGCUGAAGGAGAAGGAGGCCGAGAACGAGCGGCUGCGGCGGCUGGCGGAGGAUGAGGCCUACCAGCGCAAGCUGCUGGAGGAGCAGGCGGCCCAACACAAGCAGGACAUUGAGGAGAAGAUUGCCCUGCUGAAGCGCUCCUCAGAGAGCGAGCUGGAGAGGCAGAAGGGGCUCGUGGAGGAUACGCUGCGGCAGCGGCGGCAGGUGGAGGAGGAGAUCCGUGCCCUCAAGGCCAGCUUCGAGAAGGCCUCAGCUGGCAAGAGCGAGCUGGAGCGGGAGCUGAACCGCAUCCGCGGGGAGGCGGAGGAGGUGCAGCGCAGCCGGGAGCAGGCAGAGCGGGAGGCUGAGCGGCAGCGGGCGCUGGCGCUGGAGGAGGAGGGCCGGCGGCGUGAGGCUGAAGAGAAGGUGCAGGCCAUCCUGGCGGCCGAGGAGGAGGCCGGGCGGCAGCGGCGGCUGGCCCUGGAGGAGGUGGAGCGGCUGCGGGCCAUGGUGGAGGAGGCGCGGCGACAGAAGGAACUGGCGGAGAAGGAGUCAGAGCGGCAGAUCCAGCUGGCACGGGAGGCGGCGCAGAAGCGGAUUGCGGCGGAGGAGAAGGCGCACCUGGCUGCCGUGCAGCAGAAGGAGCAGGAGCUGCUGCAGACGCGCCAGCAGGAGCAGAGCCUCCUGGACCGGCUGCGCGAGGAGGCCGAGCGGGCCCGGCGGGCGGCUGAGGAGGCCGAGUUUGCCCGUGGCAAGGCCGAGCAGGACGCCAGCUUGUCCCGGCAGCGCGUGGAGGAGGCUGAGCGGCUGAAGCAGCGGGCAGAGGAGGAGGCGCAGGCCAAGGCGCAGGCACAGGCGGAUGCGGAGAAGCUGCGCAAGGAGGCCGAGCUGGAGGCCGCGAAACGGGCGCAGGCAGAGCAGGCGGCCCUGCGGCAGAAACAACUGGCCGAUGCCGAGAUGGAGAAGCACAAGAAGUUUGCCGAGCAGACGCUACGGCAGAAGGCGCAGGUGGAGCAGGAGCUGACCAAGGUGAAGUUGCAGCUGGAUGAGACAGACCACCAGAAGGGCAUCCUGGACGAGGAGCUGCAGAGGCUGAAGGAGGAGGUGACAGACGCCGUCCGGCAGAAGGCCCAAGUGGAGGAGGAGCUCUUCAAGGUCCGGGUGCAGAUGGAGGAGCUGGCCAAGCUGAAAAGCCGCAUUGAGGAGGAGAACAAGGCGCUGAUCCUCAAGGACAAGGACAACACGCAGAAGUUCCUGGCGGAGGAGGCAGAGAAGAUGAAGCAGGUGGCAGAGGAGGUGGCCCGGCUGAGCGUGGAGGCGCAGGAGGCCGCCCGCAUGCGGCAGCUGGCUGAGGACGACCUGGCGCAGCAGCGGGCGCUGGCGGAGAAGAUGCUGAAGGAGAAGAUGCAGGCGGUGCAGGAGGCCACGCGGCUGCGGGCUGAGGCUGAAAUGCUGCAGAAGCAGAAGGAUCUGGCGCAGGAACAUGCCAAGAAGCUGCAGGAGGACAAGGAGCAAAUGCAGCAGCGCCUGGCUGAGGAGACCGAAGGCUUCCAGAAGACACUGGAGGCCGAGCGCCGGCGGCAGCUGGACAUCACAGCUGAGGCUGAGCGCCUCAAGCUGCAAGUGGCCGAGAUGAGCAUGGCCCAGGCCAAGGCUGAGGAGGAAGCCAAGCGGUUCAAGAAGCAGGCGGAGGAGAUCAGUGAGAGGCUGCAUGAGACUGAGCUGGCCACACAGGAGAAGAUGACGAUGGUGCACACCCUGGAGAUCCAGCGGCACCAGAGCGAUGAGGACGCAGAAAAGCUGCGGAGGGCCAUCGCUGACCUGGAGAAGGAGAAGGAGAAGCUGAAGCAGGAGGCAGCGCUGCUGCAGCAGAAGGCAGAGGAGAUGCAGGUGGCCCAGCAGGCUCAGCUCCGUCAGGAGACGCAGCUCCUGCAGCAGAGCUUCCUGACGGAGAAAGAUGCCCUGCUGCAGAAGGAGAAGUUCAUUGAGGAGGAGAAAUCAAAGCUGGAGAAGCUCUUUAAGGAUGAGGUGAACAAAGCCCAGAACCUGAAGGCAGAGCAGGAGCGGCAGCAGCAGGAGAUGGAGCAGGAGAAGCAGCAGUUGAAAGCUAUGUUAGAUGAAGCUAAGAAGCAUCAGAAGGAAGCUGAGGAAAACGUCAGGCACAAGCAGGAGGAGCUACAGCAGCUGGAGAGGCAGCGACAGCAGCAGGAGAAACUUCUGGAAGAAGAGAACAAGAAGCUGAGGGAGAGGCUCGAGCAGAUGCAGGAGGAGUACAAGGCUGCCCUGGCCCAGCGACGGGAGAUCAUGAUCCAGACAGAUGACCUGCCUGAGGAGGUGGUUACCACAACGCAGCUGCUGGACAUCAAGGCUGUGCCCAAUGGCCGGGAUGCAAUGGAUGGCUUAGCCCAGAAUGGGGAGCCGGAGUUCGCCUUCGACGGCAUCCGGCAGAAGGUGUCGGCAGAGAAGCUGGCUGAUGCUGGCAUUCUGAGCAGGGAGAGCUUAGACAAGUUGGCGAAGGGAGUUGUGAGCGUGGGCGAGCUCUCUCAGAGGGAGGAUGUCAAGAAGUACCUGCAGGGCAAGAGCAGCAUUGCUGGUUUGCUGAUCAAACCCUCCAACCAGAAGAUGAGCAUCUACGAAGCCAUGAAGAAGAAGCUGCUGAGCCCAGGCACAGCACUGGUGCUCCUGGAGGCACAGGCUGCUUCUGGCUUCAUCAUUGACCCCGUGCGGAACGCGAGGCUCUCGGUGAACGAGGCGGUGCGGGAGGGAGUGAUCGGGCCAGAGCUGCACAACAAGAUGCUGUCGGCCGAGCGGGCCGUCACCGGCUAUAAGGAUCCCUACACAGGUGACAAGAUCUCCCUGUUCCAGGCCAUGCAGAAGGAUCUCAUUGUCAGGGAUCACGGCAUCCGCCUGCUCGAGGCCCAGAUCGCCACCGGCGGCAUCAUCGAUCCUGUCAACAGCCACCGCCUGCCCGUGGAAGCCGCCUACAAGCGCGGCUACUUCGAUGAGGAGAUGAAUCAGGUCCUGUCUGACCCCACUGACGACACCAAGGGCUUCUUCGACCCCAACACUCAGGAGAACCUCACCUACCUGCAGCUGAUGGAGCGGUGCGUGACUGACCCGGACACAGGGCUCUGCCUCCUGCCACUCACCGACCAAGCAGCCAAAGCUGGAGAGCUGGUCUACACUGACAAGGAAGCCAAGGAUGUCUUCAAGAAGGCCACAGUGACAGCGCCGUUUGGCAAGUUCCAAGGGAAGACGAUGACCAUCUGGGAGCUCAUCAACUCUGAAUACUUCACCGAGGACCAAAGGCGGGACCUGAUCCAGCAGUACAGGACCGGCAAGAUCACAGUGGAGAAGAUCAUCAAGAUCGUCAUCACGGUUGUGGAGGAAAGUGAGAAGAAGAGCCAGAUGUGCUUUGAGGGCCUGCGGGGCCCCGUGCCCGCUGCCGAGCUGCUCGAGAGCAAGAUCAUCAACAAGGACCUCUACAACCAGCUGCACCAGGGCAAGAAGUCCAUAAAGGAUGUGGCAGAGAUGGAGUCCGUACGGCAAUACCUGAAGGGCACGGAUGCCAUCGCUGGUGUCCUGGUGGAGUCUACGGGCCAGAAGCUCACCUUCUACGAGGCCCUGAAGAGGAACUUGCUGAGGCCAGAAGUUGCCCUGUCCCUGCUGGAGGCACAAGCUGCCACCGGCUACAUCAUCGACCCUGUGGGUAACAAGCUCUUCUCCGUGGACGAGGCGGUGAAGGCUGAGGUGGUGGGGCCAGAGUUCCACGAGAAGCUGCUGUCGGCAGAGAAGGCAGUGACUGGCUACAAGGAUCCCUACACAGGUCAGACGGUUUCCCUCUACCAAGCGCUCCAGAAGGGCCUCAUCCCCAGCGACGCUGGGCUCCGGCUGCUGGACGUCCAGCUUGCCACCGGUGGCAUCAUCGACCCCGUCAACAGCCACCGGCUCCCGCUUGAGGUCGCCUACAAGCGCGGCUACUUUGACUCGGAGAUAAACAAGGCUCUGGCCGAGCUCCGAGACGAUGCCAAGGCUUUCUACUGUCCCAACACCCAGGAACACCUCACCUACGCCCAGCUGCAGAAGAGCUGCCACCGCGACAAGCAGACCGGCCUGUGUCUGCUGCCCCUGUCCGACAAGGCGAUCCAGUCGCAGCAGGAGGAGGUCUACACCGACAGCCAGGCCAAGGAGUGCUUCGACAAAGCAACCAUAGAGGUCCCGGUGGGCAGCAUGAAGGGCCAGACAAUGACCAUCUGGGAGCUGAUCCACUCUGAAUACUUCACAGAGGAGCACAGGCGGGAGCUGCUCCGCCAGUACAAGACUGGCAAAGUGACAAUCGAGAAGAUCAUCAAGAUCGUGAUCACCAUCAUCGAGGAGGCAGAGACCAAAAAGCAGGAGAAACUGACGUUCAGCGGUCUGCGUGCACCGGUGCCAGCCAGCGAGCUGCUGGAGUCCCGCAUCAUCAGCAAAACCCAGUACGAGCAGCUGAAGGAAGGCAAGAAAUCAGUGAAGGACCUCUCUGAGACAGAUGCGGUGAGGAGAUUCCUGCAGGGCAGUGACUGCAUUGCCGGUGUCUAUGUGGAAGCCACCAAGGAGAAGCUGAACAUCUAUGAGGCCAUGAAGAGGAACCUGCUGAGGCCCAGCACUGCCGUGGUCCUCCUGGAGGCCCAGGCAGCCACUGGGUUCUUGAUUGACCCUGUGAAGAACCGUAAGCUGUACGUCAACGAGGCGGUGAAGGCUGGCAUCGUCGGGCCUGAGCUGCACGAGAAGCUGCUGUCGGCUGAGAAGGCGGUCACGGGGUACAAGGAUCCCUACUCAGGUGAUACCAUCUCCCUGUUCCAGGCCAUGAAGAAAGGGCUUAUUGUCAAGGAGCACGGCAUCCGCCUGCUGGAGGCCCAGAUCGCCACGGGCGGCAUCAUCGACCCCGUGCACAGCCACCGCCUGCCCGUGGAGGUGGCCUACAAGCGUGGCUACUUCGACGAGGAGAUGAACCGGACCCUCUCCGACCCCACCGAUGACACCAAGGGCUUCUUCGACCCCAACACUCAGGAGAACCUCACCUACGUGCAGCUGAAGGAGAGGUGCAUCGAGGACCCCGAGACGGGGCUGUACCUGCUGCCUCUGCGGGAGCCUGAGAAGCCAAAAGUGGUGGAAACCACUCACAUGUACACAGAAGCGGAGACACGGAAGGUGUUUGAGGAGACACAGGUGGACAUCCCUGUGGGCAGCCGGGCAGGCUCCUCCAUGUCGCUGUGGGAGAUCAUGCACUCGGACCUGCUGCCUGAGGAGCAGCGUAAACAUCUCAUGGAGGAGUUCCAGUCGGGCCGCGUGUCCAAGGAGCGCAUGAUCAUCAUUAUCAUCGAGAUCAUCGAGAAGACUGAGAUCAUCCGGCAGCAGAACCUCACAUCCUAUGACUACGUCCGGCGCCGCAUCACGGCCGAGGACCUCUACGAGGCCAAGAUUAUCUCACAGGACAUCUACAACCUGCUGAAACAGGGCUCCAAAACCUUCCGGGAGCUCCUGGACGUGGAGACUGUCUGGAAGUACCUUUACGGGUCGGGCUGCGUGGCUGGCAUCUACAUCCCCUCCUCCAAGCAGACACUCAGUGUCUACCAGGCACUGAAGAAGGGGCUGAUUAACCCCGAAGUGGCCCGCUCCCUCCUGGAGGCCCAGGCAGCCACCGGCUUCAUUAUUGACCCCACAAAGAAUGAAAUGCUGACUGUGGAUGAGGCAGUGAGGAAGGGUGUGGUGGGGCCAGAGAUCCACGACCGGCUCCUGUCUGCAGAGAGGGCUGUGACCGGCUACAGAGACCCAUACAGCGAACAGAAGAUUUCCCUCUUCCAGGCCAUGAAGAAAGAUCUCAUUCCCAGCGAAGAGGCCCUCAAGCUCCUGGACGCCCAGAUCGCCACCGGUGGCGUAAUUGACCCGCACUUGGGCUUCCACCUGCCCCUGGAGGUGGCCUACCAGCGGGGCUUCAUCAACAGGGAGACGUAUGACAUGCUGUCGGAGCCCAGCGAGGUGCGCAGCUACGUGGACCCCUCCACAGAUGAGAAGCUGAGCUAUACCCAGCUGCUGAAGCGGUGCCGGAAGGACGAGAGCUCCAGGCUCCUCCUGCUCCCGCUCUGCGACACACGGAAGCUCACCUUCCGGGGGCUGCGGAAACAGAUCACCGUGGAGGAGCUGGUCCUCUCGCAGGUGAUGGAUGAAGCCACAGCCCAGCGCCUCCAGGAGGGUCUCACCUCUGUUGAGGAGGUCUCUAAGAACCUGAAGAAGUUCCUGGAGGGCACCAGCUGCAUCGCUGGCGUCUUUGUGGACUCCACAAAGGAGCGUCUGUCCAUCUACCAGGCCAUGAAGAAGGGGAUCAUCCGGCCCGGCACUGCCUUCGAGCUCCUGGAGGCGCAGGCAGCCACGGGCUACGUGAUUGACCCCAUCAAGGGCCUCAAGCUGACAGUGGAGGAAGCUGUGCGCAUGGGCAUCGUGGGCCCCGAGUUCAAGGACAAGCUGCUCUCUGCCGAGAGGGCCGUCACCGGCUACCGGGACCCCUACACCGGAAAGCUCAUCUCCCUCUUCCAGGCUAUGAAGAAGGGUCUGAUCCUGAAGGACCACGGGAUCCGCUUGCUGGAGGCACAGAUCGCCACGGGAGGCAUCAUUGACCCUGAGGAGAGCCACCGCCUGCCCGUGGAGGUGGCCUACAAGCGGGGCCUCUUUGAUGAGGAGAUGAACGAGAUCCUGCUGGACCCCAGUGACGACACCAAGGGCUUCUUCGACCCCAACACAGAGGAGAACCUCACCUACCUGCAGCUGAUGGAGCGGUGCAUCACAGACCCAGAGACUGGCCUCUGCCUCCUGCCUCUGAAGGAGAAGAAGCGGGAGAGGAAGACCUCCUCCAAGUCCUCCGUCCGCAAGCGCCGGGUGGUGAUCGUUGACCCGGAGACGGGCAAGGAGAUGUCCGUGUACGAAGCUUAUCGCAAGGGCCUCAUAGACCACCAGACUUACCUGGAGCUGUCAGAGCAGGAGUGCGAGUGGGAGGAGAUCACCACCUCCUCCUCCGAUGGCGUGGUGAAGUCAAUGAUCAUCGACAGGCGCUCGGGCCGCCAGUAUGACAUCGAUGAUGCCAUUGGCAAGGGUCUGAUUGACCAGUCAGCCCUGGACCAGUACCGCUCGGGCACCCUCUCCAUCACCGAGUUUGCUGACAUGCUCUCUGGCAACAUGGGUGGCUUCCGGUCACGGUCGUCCUCAGUUGGAUCCUCCUCCUCCUACACCGUCAGCCCCGCCCUGUCACGGACCCAGAUCUCCAUGUGGACUGACCCAACCGAAGAGACUGGGCCAGUGGCAGGCAUCCUGGACACGGACACUCUGGAGAAGGUGUCCAUCACCGAGGCGAUGCGCCGCAACCUGGUGGACAACAUCACAGGGCAGCGGCUGCUGGAAGCCCAGGCCUGCACCGGGGGCAUCAUCGACCCCAACACUGGUGACAAAUGCACCGUCGCUGACGCGGUCACCAAGGGCCUGGUGGACAAGAUCAUGGUGGACCGCAUCAACCUGGCGCAGAAGGCCUUCUACGGCUUUGAGGACCCGCGGACCAAGACGAAGAUGUCGGCGGCGCAGGCACUGAAGAAGGGCUGGCUGUACUACGAGGCCGGGCAGCGGUUCCUGGAGGUGCAGUACUUGACAGGGGGCCUGAUCGAGCCCGAUGCCCCGGGCCGCGUCUCCCUGGACGAGGCGCUGCAGAAGGGCACCAUUGACGCAAGGACUGCCCAGAAGCUGCGGGAUGUCAACACCUAUUCCAAGUACCUCACCUGCCCCAAGACCAAGCUCAAGAUCUCCUACAAGGACGCCAUGGACCGGAGCAUGAUCGAGGACGGGACCGGCCUGCGGCUGCUGGAGGCCUCCUCCCAGUCCAGCAAGGGCUACUACAGUCCCUACAACAUCAGCAGCGCCGGCUCCACCUCCGGCUCGCGCUCGGGCUCUCGCACCGGCUCCCGCUCAGGCUCCCGGCGCGGCAGUUUCGACGCCACCGGCUCCGGCUUCUCCAUGACCUUCUCUUCCUCCUCCUACUCCUCCUCGAGUUUCGGGCGCAGAUACGCGGGGGGCACCCAGGGCGCCGUGGAGGUGGCUGCCCUUGCCCUCGCCCUGGCCCCAUCCAGAAGCUGCGGGUGGGAGGCGAGCAGGGAGUGCUCCGGGGCGUGUGGGCCCCUGCUCCACGUGGCCUGAGACCUGCCAGCCCCCCGAGGCGCUGCCUCCACCCGCUCCGCAUGUGGCAACGCUGCUGGCUAAUCACUAGUAUUUUUUUUUUAAUUUUGAACCUCCACUCUUCUCCCAAAGCAGUGCCUCAAGUUUAACCAAAAAAGACAAGACUAAUAAAUUAAUAUAUGAGAAUGUG